AUGCCCGUGUUUCAUACCAAAACCAUUGAAGGCAUUUUGGAACCUGUGGCACAACAGGUAUCACGUUUGGUAAUUCUUCAUGAAGAAGCCGAAGAUGGAAACGCAGUGCCAGAUCUUACUCGACCCGUUGGUGCAGUAUCUCGAGCGGUUGACAAUCUCAUCAAGGUUGGCUAUGAUACAUGUCAUUCGUCGGAUGAUAGAAUUUUGCAAGCAGAUAUGCCACCAGCUUUGCAAAGAGUAGAAGCUAGCUCUCGUUUGCUGGAGGAUGCCUGUCAUAUGCUCAGAGCGGAUCCAUAUUCUAGCAUUGCAAGAAAAAAGUUGAUCGAAGGAGCUAGAGGCAUUCUUCAAGGCACAUCUGCUUUACUGCUGUGCUUUGAUGAGUCCGAAGUACGAAAGAUUAUUCGUGGUUGUCGUAAAGUUCUUGACUAUUUGGCUGUCGCCGAAGUAAUUGAGAGCAUGGAUGAUCUGGCACAAUUCGUUAAAGAUAUCAGUCCUUGGUUGACUCGAGUUUCACGAAACAUUGAUGCAAGAGAGAAAGAGCUGACGCAUCAAGUACAUCGCGAAAUAUUGCUAAGAUGUAUGGAUACUGUGAAAACCCUCUCACCAAUCAUGAUUUGUGCAAUGAAGAUAUUCAUUCAAAUCACCGAAGAGUCGCAAAGGGGGCAGCAGGAAGCAGCAGAAAACCGGAAUUAUUUGGCGCAAAGAAUGACAGACGAGAUGAAUGAAAUAAUCCGCGUAUUGCAGUUAACGACAUACGAUGAAGAUGAAUGGGACAGCGAUAAUGUUACUGUUAUGAGAAAGGCUCUUAGUGCCGCACAAAGCCUGCUUACCUCAGCUUUGGAUUGGCUUGCUGAUUCACGUGGUCGCGCUGGUGCUACUGGCGAAAAAGCAAUACGACGUAUUGUAGAUUAUUCUGAGAGAAUUGCUGCACGAGCACUACCAGAAGAUGCUCGCCUCAUUAGGCGUACAGUGAGUGACAUCACUUCGAUGACUGAUUCACUUUGUGAAUUGCGUAACCAAGGUGGUGACAGCCAAGGUUUAGCCAGUGGAUGUGCAAACAGACUGAAGGAACUUGUUGGUACGAAAGAAAUCAGUGGUAUUUUACCUAGCGCACUUACGAACACGCAACGCACUGGUGGUACGCAUCCUGCACACACUGUUACAGGACGCCUUGAGCAGGCACUCAGAUGGAUGGAUAAUCCGGGAGUUGACGAUAAUGGCUUAGGUUUGCAAGCAGUAAAAGCAAUGACAAGUGAAGCGCGUAAUCUCAGCGAUUUACUGCCACCUGCAGAACGUGCUAAGUUGCUUGAUCUCUGUGUAGAGAUCGAUCGGCUUGCGGAUCAGUUGGCUGAUUUGGAACAUCGCGGUCUUGGAAAUUCUCCAGCAGCGCAUGCUAUACGCAAUCAGUUACGUAAUAAAUUGCGCGAAUUAGUAGACAUCAUGAAGAAAGUAAUCACUGAUCGAGUCGUUGAAGACUUUGCUGAUAUUAGUACACCUCUGAAGCAGUUUGUUGAUGCUGUCUAUGCAUCACCAACGAUAGUUAAUCGUGAAUUGAGCUUUGAAGAAAAAGCGCAUAACCUGGAUGAUCAUAGCUCCAGAUGUGCAAAUACAGCACUUCUUGUUGCGAAAUGUGGUCCAUGCAAGAAUAAAAAGACUGUUGAAGCUAUUAUUGAGGCAGCAAAUCAGGUUAAUGCAAUGACACCACAAGUGAUCAAAGCAGGAAAAAUACGCUUGCACAACGACAGCGAUUCGGCCAAUCAGCAUUUCGAUAAUUUACGACGUGAAUAUACGGACGUUCUGAAUAGACUUCGUUCUCAUGUUGAUGAUGCUAUCGACACUAGUGAUUUCAUUCGUGCUAGUGAACAGGCAAUGCGACAGUAUACAGUGUAUUGUGAGAAUGCAAUUCGAAAUAAUGAACCGCAACAAAUGGUAGACAAUACAUCGCAAAUAGCACGGUUUGGGAAUCGUGUCCUCAUGACAGCCAAAAAUGAAGCCGAUAAUUCAGAAGAACCAAGUUUCGUACACAGAGUGAACAAUGCAGCUCAACAACUCCAUUCUGCGAUUCCUCCAAUGGUGAAUCAGGCAAAACAGGUAGCGUUGAAUCCUCGUCAUGGUGGUAAUGCACAGAGUUGGCGUGAUGCAAAUGAGCACUUAUUAUCGGCUGUAAGACAAGUGGGUGAUGCAAUAACAGGUGCGGGGGGUUCACGACCACCCAGUCAAAACCUGCUGGUUGAGUCGGUACCACCGAAAGCACCUACCAGCCCAAUAGUUCACGAUCGAGUAUACAUAAGAGAAGAUAUACCGACACCACCAAGACCGCCACCACCAGUGGAAAUCAGUCCACCACCCCGUCCACCACCUCCACCAGAGACAGAUGAUGAAGAAGAAACACGUGCUUUCUGGGAAAGAUAUCCACUACCCGGAGCAUCUAGCCAACCAAUUUUGAAUGCCGCUCAUAAUUUGCAUCAAGAAUUGCGUCAGUGGUCAAGCCAAGAAAAUGAAAUUGUUGCGGCGGCAAAACGUAUGGCUAUUUUAAUGGCAAGGUUGAGCCAGCUUGUGCGCGGUGAAGGAGGAACCAAAAAAGACCUCAUUGACUGCGCUAAAGCUAUUGCGGAUUCCAGCGAAGAAGUUACGAGACUUGCCGUCCAACUUGCUCGCCAAUGCACUGAUAUUAAGAUGAGAAUGACAUUGUUGCAAGUGUGUGAACGGAUUCCAACAAUAGCAACACAGCUAAAAAUCCUUUCAACUGUUAAAGCAACAAUGCUUGGAUCCCAAGCGACAAUCGGGCCCUAUGGACAACCUAUUGAUGGAAGUGAAGAGGAUGAAGAAGCAAUGCAACAACUCGUGUUGAAUGCACAGAAUUUGAUGCAGUCGGUGAAAGAUACAGUGCGUGCAGCUGAAGCAGCUUCAAUUAAAAUCCGAACAAACAGCGGUUUGCGGUUGAGAUGGAUUCGUAAGCCAAUGUGGUCAAAUUUUUAA